AUGAGUCCUGUGCAGUGGGGGCUUCUGUUUGCUUGCUUGGGUUAUGGAAGUCUACUGGGAGCCUGGGCACAGUUUCCCCGGGUCUGUAUGACCUUGAGCAGCCUGGUGAGCAAGGAGUGCUGCCCACCCCUGGGUGUGGAGCCAGCCAAUAUCUGUGGCUCUCAGGAGGGUCGGGGGCAGUGCACGGAGGUUCAAGCGGACACCAGGCCCUGGAGUGGCCCUUAUGUCCUGCGAAACCAGGAUGAUCGUGAGCAGUGGCCCAGAAAGUUCUUCAACCGGACAUGCAAGUGCACAGGAAACUUUGCUGGCUAUGAUUGUGGAGACUGCAAGUUUGGCUGGUCGGGCUCCAACUGUGACCAAAGGAAACCACUGGUUGUGCGAAGGGACAUCCAUUCUUUGGCGCCUGAGGAGCGGGAACAGUUCCUGGGUGCACUGGACCUGGCGAAGAGGAGCGUGCACCCCGACUAUGUGAUCACCACCCAGCACUGGCUGGGCCUGCUUGGGCCCAAUGGGACCCAGCCCCAGAUCGCCAACUGCAGCAUUUAUGAUUUCUUCGUGUGGCUUCAUUAUUAUUCGGUUAGGGAUACAUUAUUAGGACCAGGUCGUCCCUAUAAGGCCAUCGAUUUCUCGCACCAAGGGCCUGCCUUUGUUACCUGGCAUCGGUACCAUUUGUUGUGGCUGGAAAGAGAUCUCCAGCGACUCAUUGGUAAUGAGUCCUUCGCUUUGCCUUACUGGAACUUUGCCACUGGGAGGAAUGAAUGUGAUGUGUGCACAGACCAGCUGUUUGGAGCAGCAAGACAAGAUGACCCAACUCUGAUUAGUCAGAGCUCAAGAUUCUCCAGCUGGGAAAUUGUCUGCAACAGCUUGGACGACUACAACCGCCAGGUCACUCUGUGUAAUGGAACCUAUGAAGGGUUGUUGAGAAGAAAUCAAGUGGGAAGCAAUGGUGAGAAAUUGCCAACCUUAAAAAGCAUUCAAGACUGUCUGUCCCUCCAGAAGUUUGACAAUCCUCCUUUCUUCCAAAACUCUACCUUCAGCUUCAGGAAUGCCCUGGAAGGCUUUGAUAAAGCGGAUGGAACACUGGACUCUCAAGUCAUGAGCCUACACAAUUUGGUCCACUCCUUCCUGAAUGGGACAAAUGCCUUGCCACAUUCUGCGGCCAAUGAUCCUGUUUUUGUGGUCCUUCAUUCCUUUACUGAUGCCAUAUUUGAUGAGUGGAUGAAAAGAUACAACCCCGCUAGAGAUGCCUGGCCUCAGGAGCUGGCUCCCAUUGGUCACAAUCGGAUGUAUAACAUGGUUCCUUUCUUCCCCCCGGUGACUAAUGAGGAACUCUUCUUAGCUGCUGACCAACUUGGCUACAGUUAUGCCAUUGAUCUGACAGUUGAAGAAACUCCAGGUUGGACCACAACACUCUCAGUGGUUAUGGGGACGCUGGUGGCUUUGGUUGGUCUUUUUGUGCUGCUGGCUUUCUUUCAAUACAGAAAACUUCGAAGAGGAUACACACCUCUCAUGGAGACAAAUUUAAGCACUAAAAGAUAUACAGGGGAAGACUAG